AUGUCACGAGAUGCCUUUGAGAAAUACCGUGGUGAAAGGAGACACGAUUCAUUUGCUAAUUCUACCCUUAAACUCAUUCAUCGCUGUGCAAGCGAUAAAAACAUGAUCUUCAAUUUAAGUAAAUUAUCAUCAAGACUUGGCUUUCAUCAGCGUCGAUUCUAUGAUGUAAUCAAUGUUCUUAAUACAAUUGGAUAUUGUACCAAGUUAGAUUCCUCAAGAUUACAGUGGAACGGAGUUUCCAAUGUUAAAGACGCAAUAUCCAAAUUAAUUAUGAAUUAUCAUCUAUUAGAUAAACAUUCUUCUAUAGAAAGCAUACUUCCGAGUGAUGGAACAGUUUCUAUUUCAAGAAUUACAGAAUCAUUUUUAAUGUUAUUUAUAUACCUUGGAUCACAGUCACUUAAUAUAAAAGAAACAAGUAUGCUUCUGGCAAUGCAUAGUGGAAGAUCCAAAACCACCCUUUGUAAAUUAUAUCAAAUUGCUCAAAUAUUAGAAGUUGCAGGUGUCCUUUCAAGAACAGCGCAAAUUAGUGAAAUCAAAAUGAAUGAUCCAUUCUUUAUUAAAAUCCAAGUUAAUGAAGAAGAUCAGAAGGACCCCCUUAACUUACCAUUUUUACUCAACAGACCUUUUCAAAAUUUACCACAGCAUCCAUUGAAUCUAAGAAGAAUGGAAUUUAGAAAAUGUAUUUUGAACAUCAAAUCGGUGGAUUCGCCAAUUAAGCAGUAA